AUGAUGUUCGAAAUUUCUAAUUCCUUUAUUAAAAUUUGGGGAGUGUGCCAAGCGAACAAACAAACAGCAUUCAUUGUUUUGGUCCUCAGCAUUAUCCUCUUCAGCAUUCAUCUUGGUCCUCAUCAUCAUCAUCAUGAGCAUCCUCACCGGCAUUCGUCUUGGUCCUCAGCGUUAUCAUCGUCAGCAUUCAUAUUGGUCCUCAUCAUCAUUAGCAUUCAUCUUGGUCCUCAUCAUCAUCAUGAGCAUCCUCACCGGCAUUCGUCUUGGUCCUCAACAUUAUCACCAUCAGCAUUCAUCUUGGUCCUCAUCAUCAUUCAUCUUGGUCCUCAUCAGCAUCCCCACCGGCAUUCAUAUUGGUCAUCAUCAGCAUCCUCACCGGCAUUCGUUUUGGUCCUCAGCAUUAUCAUCAUUAGAAGCAUUCAUCAGCAGCAUUUAUCAGCAGCAUUCAUCGUCAGCAUUCAUCUUGGUCCUCAUCAUCAUUGGCAUUCAUCUUGGUCCUCCUCAUCAUGA